AACAGUGGAGGGGGAAGUGAGUUUUUCUUUUUUUUUUUUAGUUUCCGAGAUUUUCUGCAUGCAAACGACGGAAAAACAGACAACUAAGAGUCAGAUCCACGAGAUAAUCCACAAAUAACCGAAGCUUUGCGUUGCACCUAAGGAGCCCCCAAAUUGGAGGGCUCCCUGGGAGCACACUCCUGAUUGGCCAACCAGCUGCCUCCUUACGGUUGGCUCAGCUCAAAGCCCAGCUUGCACUGACUCAAAUAAACUCUCUAGCUGUUGGUGGCAGGGCCAACAUAGCUGCUCCUUACAUAGCUGCUACAUCACCUUCCCCCACUGCAGCAGCCAUCAGUCUACUCAACCUUCUGAAGAUAGCCAACACCAUGUCCCAUCCCAUGUAUAAUCCCUAUGCUGCUGGGAACCAAAGGCCCACCCAGGGGCAGUAUGGACCCUCUAGUAUGCAGACAGAGAGGGACCCUCAAUUGGCUCCAUCUCAUAUGGGACCUGGUACUAACUUCAGCUCAGUAAGUGUAUCAUCUGGAACUCCUGCCAGUUUUGGUGGAAUGUCCUCCAUCCCCGUGCAUUCACAAUCAAUGAACUACAGGACUGAACAGAGUUGGGGUCCAAUGGACAAGGACAUAGAGAGGUCCAUUGACAUGCACAUUAGCAGAGUUAGAGAAAGUGUCGGACAGCCGAUAAAUCAAACUACUGGCCCAGGAACUUCCUUAUCCAGCUCUCAUCACGAUGAGUUGCAUCGCUCAGGUGUAGGAAUGAAUUCCUAUCACAUGGCUUCAACCUCUGCAAGAAAUGUGUGUGUUGAAAAAGGUAGCAGCUCCCUAGAUUGGUUGUCCAACUACAGCAAGAGGCCCACUACUGACUCAUUUUCAUCAAUGCGUUCCUCGGCUAGCUACUUAAGUAGCAGUGACCCUAGGCUUGAUAUCUCCAGUGAAAGGGAUCGUGGUGCAUCAAUUCCAGGAUUGGGAGAUUAUGACUAUCCACCAGACAAACCUGCUGCCCCUCCAGAGCCCACUCGACACAUAUACACCUCGGAAUCAGCUACCAACAUCCUCCAGCACUUUGGGCUUGAAAAAGAUGAUUUGGAGGAUCUAAUUGCAUACCCUGAAGAUCAGGUCACCCCUGCCAACCUUCCUCUUAUCUUGCGCCAGAUUCGCAUUCAAAAGGCAGAGAGGACGGGAACUGCAGCUUCUUCAGCAGGAUACUCUGAAACUUCAUCUUCCAGGAGUAGAAUGGACAGUUUGAAUAGUUCCAGGCCAAAAGGAUACCCUGAGCCUCCACCACUUCCCCCAUCCCGAAGUGGAAUGGACAGUUUGAGUAGUUCCAGGCCAAAAGGAUACCCUGAGCCUCCACCACUUCCACCAUCCCGAAGUGGAAUGGACAGUUUGAAUAGUUCCAGGCCAAAAGGAUACCCUGAGCCUCCACCACUUCCGCCAUCCCGAAGUGGAAUGGACAGUUUGAGUAGUUCCAGGCCAAAAAUAUACCCUGAACCUCCUCCACUUGCACCUCUCAGAAGUACAGUGGACAGUGUUAGUGGUUCCAAGUCAAAGCUAUAUCCUGAACAUCUACCCUGCAGAAGUGGAAUGGACAGUUUGAGUGGUUGUGGGACAGCAGAGAUGCGUCCAGAGGAAAUAUCAUCUUCUAUUCUCCAGCCAAGUAAAGUGAUUGAUUAUGGACAUGUGGGCAAAUAUACAGGAGUGGUUGCAGAUGAGAUUGGAAGAACAAGUGGUGGUAGGGCCAGUGGUGGAAAUGAGGGUAUUUUGAAGAUGGACACUAAAAAUGGUAGCAGUCGAGAACCACUGCAAAGCACUGCACCAGCAAUGAAGAGCAGUGGCUUGGUUCCUUCCCGAGACAAAGGAAGUUCUUUUUCUGGUCUCAGCUCCACGUACAGUUCAGGUCUAAGCUCUGGGACUCCUCCAAGCCUUGAUCGAACAAAAGGAUUAAACAAUGAACCAAAUCAGUCUUCAAUACUCAGCUCUUUCAAUCUACCAAAGACUGACACAGACAUCAGAGUUAAAAAUCUUGAAACCUCCAAACCAGUUCCUGUGAAAGAUCCAAAUAUGGCCCGCAUGCACCAUAGCGUCCAUCCCAACCGAACUGGCCUCGUGGUCAUCGACACCCGACCCAAGGAUCAGAGUAAGACCCAAGGAUCAACAGGUGCAGAGGUAGCACAAAAGCCGGAGAUGCAGCAACAAGUGUGGAAGCAGGCAGCGCCGCAGCAGAAGACCCAACCAUUGACUUCCCCAGUGACCGUGCAAAAACCAGUGGGCCAAACAUCGGGGCUGUCAAGUUCAGCUGCUGCUAAACCAACAGUUCCGUCAGUUCCUCUUGCUUCUCACAUCCCCAGCAUCACUAACACCUUGAGACGUCCUGCGGUUUUCCCCGGAGCAUCACACCCAGUCAUGAUUCAACCAACACUUUCUCCGUCAACUGUUCCCUUCGUUCCUUCAACUCCCUCUGUGCUGCCCACCAACAAGCAGCCCGCGGUGAAUGUGACCACACCCAAGGGUUUGCCAACACAGGCCAUGAUGCAAGACUACGCAGCAGCCUCACCAAGAGUCUUUCCACAUACCUGUUGUCUGUGUUCGAGACAGUGCGGUCAUAUGAAGGACUGGAUCCUUCACCAGAACACCAGCCUUCACCUGGAGAACUGCAAAAAGCUGCGCCAAAAAUACCCAGAGUGGGACGGUGAAAUAAAACUCUCAUCCAGUGCUGCCAAGCCGUCUCCUUCUGCUCAGUCUCAGCAUCGUCCACUAAAAACCAGACAUGGAAGCCGUUCCCGUUCUCGUUCCCAUUCCCGUUCCCGUUCAUCUAGCCCGCGACGCUACUAUGAUUCCGACAGUAGACGGGAAAAAUACAGGAGCCGAUCUCGGUCCCGAUCGCCACAAGGCUCCAGAUAUUCUCGCAGGUCCAGGUCUCGUUCUCCACCCACUUCAUCCCGCCGUUAUCGCUCACGUUCACGAAGCCAUGAGAGACGGUUUUCGCCAAAGAGGAGCCACGAGAGAAGAUCACCGCGAAGGAUUGACGAAAGACGGCCGUCACCACGGAGGAGCCGUGAGGGACGACCUUCACCGCCGAGGAGCCAUGACAGGAGACUGUCAUCACAGAGUGAAGAAAGACGAUCAUCACAGAGGAGCAGCCAUGAGAAACAGUCAGAGAAAUCAUCCACCCAACGACAGCCACCAAGCAGCCACGCAGAGAAACUGGCCAAAAAGGUGCUGGAAUCAACAGCUUAUGCAGCAGCUGUUCAGUCUCUGUCUAACCAGUCUGACCUGGAGACUGUGGUGAAAACUCUGGCUCCUGCCCUACUGGUUGAAUUGGCCAAAAUGAAUUCCUCUGCAGCGUCAUCAUCAUCAUUAUCCUCCUCUUCGAAAGGAGGAAAACGCUCACCCCCUCAUUCUGCUGGAGGAAAGAAGUCAUCCUCUGCUGCUUCCUCCUCUUUGACGACAGCAAAGAAGAAGGAGCCGACUAAAGGGAAGCCGACUGCACAAAAGCCUGAGACCAGUUCAUCCGCAAAGAAAGCCUCAGUUCCAACUCAAGUGUGGAUCGGCGGGUUGACUGACAAACUUUCUCAUGAAGAUGUGGCGUCUGCUGUGGAACAGUUUGGAAAAACAAAAUCAUUCUUAUUGUUUCGCCCCAAACAACAGGCAAUGGUGAUGUUUGAGAAAGAGCAAGACGCCAAGAAACUGAGGAGUGCAAAGAACUUCCAAAUUAAAGGACAUUCAGUCACUAUAAUCAAAGAGAAGGGAAGUGUCUCAAAGGAGGAGAAGUCACCUUGUACUGAAUCUAAGCAGCAGAAAGCGCCGCUUCAGAAAUCUGCCAGUGCCAGCAAAUCUUCCACCAGUACAACUGCAUCCAGCACCACUAGAAAGGCUGCCAGUACAUCUGCUGCAGCAGGAAAAGUCUCAGUUAAAGGCCAAGGGACUGUCACUGGAACAAAAGUCGUGGUUUCUAAAGUUAAAAAAGGCCCAACCAAAGUGGUAGCUAAGAGUGAAGCGUCUGUGAAGACGGACAUUAAAAAGGCUGCGGUUAAACCACCAUUAAAUGAAGGUGGAAACAGACCUGCCAAGACCCCAGAAGGUAAGUCAGCUGCAGCAGGAGCAGGAGCCAAACAGAAGGUGAAGGAAACAGCUAGCAAGGGUUCAAGGGAUGCAGGUUCUGAGAUAAAGGCCUCAAAGUGUGAAGGGUCUAAAACACCAAAACACACAGCUAAGGCUCCUGGAACAGGGAAGAAGACAGUUCCUAAACUGGAGGCCAGAGCAGAGCCCGACAAAACCAUCGUUGAGACAAAACAUCCUGAACCCAUGGAGGUUGGAGAGAUGAGAGUUGAGUCCACGAAGGUCGAAAGUAGCACGGGGGUGACGGAGGCAAACGCAGCUAUUCCAGAGGCUGUACCAGAAAUUCCACAGGAAAGUCUACUGAGAGCCAAGAGUCUCCACCUACACCUAGUACAACAGCACAUACUGAAUUACCUGCAAAGGGUAGUACUCAGCAGCCUCAAACUGCCACUGCAGCUCCAGAGAACAUUGUUCUACAACGUAAGGACCAAACAGAGGCAUCACAAAUUCAACAGCGGGCUGCAGACGUCCUCUCUGAAGCUACUAUGGAGACAAACCUGCAGGAAGAUUCUACUCUUUCAGAGAAAACAGAAACAAAUGUACCAAUAUCUGAGGUUGCUUCCAAAACCAAGAUGCUGGAUAUGGAUGCAUCAACAGUUGAAGUCACCCCCCCAGUUGAAAAGACAGAAACAAAAGCUUCAACAGCCAAGGUUGCCUCCACAGUUGAAAAGACAGAAGCAAAGCUUCAACAGCAAGGUCGCCUCCACAGUUGAAAAGAUGGAAACAAAUGCUUCAACAGCCGAGGUCGCCUCCACAGUUGAAAAGAUGGAAACAAAUGCUUCAACAGUUGAGGUUGCCUCCACAGUUGAAAAUACUGAAACAAAUCCUUCAACAGCCGAGGUCGCCUCCACAGUUGAAAAGACAGAAACAAAAGCUUCAGCAGGCGAUGUCGCCUCCACCCCUGAGGCCAUGGCAGAGCCCUCAGCGUCCACAGCUCCUGCAGCUGCCAAUUCUCCUCUGACUGUCGGGGAAAUGUUGCACAAGGACCUGCGACAAGCGAGAUUUGUGUGCCUUAAAAUCAAAAGCAUCUUCAGCCCAAACUUUUUCUCCAAUACGGAGCGGAGGCAGCUGCUAAUAACUGGCCUUCCACUGUACUUCGAUGGCUGCUACACAGAGGAUGACAUCGCCAAACUGUUCAAACCUUUUGGAUUUCAGCAUCAUCAGGACACCAUCUAUGUUUUUCCUCAGUGCCAACUGGCGUUGGUUAUGAUGCCGACUAUCCAAUGUGUGCACAAGGUUAUGAAAGCCUUCACCAAGAAUAGACGCAAAUUGAAAGGGAAUUUAAUUACAACACACGUCAUAGAAAACAGAAUCUCUAUGACUCCGAUUGGAUUUUAUAAAUCACUAAUGAAGCGGAUAAAGUUUCAAUGUUCUGAUGAUGAUGAAAGCAUCAUCUACAUCAAAAACAUUUCACCCAGUCAGAUCAAGGAGCUCAGGGAAAAGCUGUGGAAAAUCGACUCUGUCAAAAACUUCCUUCCCCUCCUUAACAAGGUGUUUGUAGAGUUCGAGUCGAGCCGUGACGCUGAUCGGCUGGGAGUUUGGCACAGCUUCCUGAAUCAGACACCUCCCUAUGAAAUCCACCGUCUGAUGCAACCGCACGGCAUAGUUCCUGCACUUCCUCCCAGACUCACGGCCAAAGCCAUCCCAGACAGCGCCAAUGCUGUUCCGGGGGUCGUCAUCCCAGGAGCCAACUUUGGGAUUCCACAGGGAAGCAUUUGUCCGUUUUGGAUCCCCAUGACGACAAGAUCCUUCCUGUUCCCGACAAUGUCUCCAUGGUUCAUCAUCCCAAAUUUCCGGACAGUCAAGAAAUCAGAGGACAUUUAUAAGAUGAAACAUUGUUCUUCACCUACGAUCAUGCUGACGGGUUUACCAGAAGGAAACUAUAGUCACCUGGACAUCGCAAAGCUGGUCUGGCCCUAUUUUCCCAAACAGACCCUUCAGUCGCUGCUCUACAACAUUAUUGUACUGACGCUGCAGAGGAGGGCUUUUGUGCAUUUUUACAGCUGGUUGAAAUGUUUGGAUUUUGUCCGAGAACACAUCGCAAAUCCGAUCUCUGUGAAAGGUGCCCCACUGUCUGUCCACUUCGUCCUGCAGAACAUGAGUCCUAUAUACAGCGAGGAGAACAUGUACAAGUCCCUGACAAAGCUCAGUAACACUCGUCCUCCAGAUCCACAGGCUCUGGACGAACGCUUACUGUGUGUGGAACUGGCAGAGACAUCACCGAGCAUCAUCGAAGCGGCCAUUGACGUGGUGGCAUCCAUCGCUCCGUUCCUCAGCUUUCUGCCGCUCGCCAACAGGAUUUGCAUCGAGAUGAAAGAUGCAAGUGGUGUCGCCGAAGUGAUGAAGAAACACAGCUCACAUAAACCCAGCAGUUUGGAGGAACGCACAGUUUGGGAUAAAGUCAAACGUUUUGAGUCUGUGAAGAGCCUAAAAAAGCGUCUGCAGGACUCUGGUCAAACUGUAAUAAAUCUCGAUACAAUCAGUCAACUAGUCGAGACAGAAACAGUUACUGAUGAAGCCACAUGUGCUGCAGAGGAACCUCAGACUCCGCCUCCUGCUCCUCCAACCCCAUCGGAUAACGGGACACAGCCAGCUUUACAGGCUGGCAUCCCAGUCUCUGCUGAAUCUGCUGAAACCCUCAUAACCGAACCAAGUGACCCGACAAGUGAGGCAGUGGUGAUGGAGGAUCCUGAACAAUCCGAAUCCGCCGCCUCCAUUGACGUCACCAUCACCCCUGAGAAUGAGGACGAUGCCAGGGGGGGCGCAGGUUCUGCAGGUGACGUUCCUUUAAUGUCUGAGGUUUGCGGUGAAAACGCCUCUGUUUCUAGUCCUGACUCCUCCGCCUUGGUAGUGAAACCUGAAGAGGACGCUGAUAAACUUCCUCAGAUUAAUGAGCAAGUGUUUAAGGUCCUGACAGCAGCUGUUCGCCAGCACAGACUCACUAAAGGUAACGGAUCCCAACCCACUUCGCGGUCCAGUCCUCUUGUGUCCGCUGCUUCCAGUCCCAGAGACAAUGUUGCAGAUCCUUCUGGGAUUAACAAAAGCUCUUUGGAAGUUCUCCAGCACAGGAUGGUCAAGGGUAGCAGCUCAGACAGUACAGAGAAGGAGGAUCAAGUUUCUGAGGAAGCUGAUCUCAGCGCAGACUAUGUUUCUUCAGACUACUUCAACAUGGAGGACUUUGUUACAGUUGAUGAAGUCUGUGAUGAUGGUGGCGACACAAGCCCACAGCCCCACCACUCACCAGAGAGCUCUUCUAAGCAGUCCUCAGAAACGAAAAGAGAAGGGGACAAAGAAAGGCAAGGCUCCAGUUCAUCAUCUGACACCAGACGGAGUUCACCAAGGUCCUCAAAAGACUCAAAGCGCUCUGCCUCGUCCUCUUCAUCCUCCUCAUCCAGGUCGACCAAAGAGCACUUUAAAAGCCCUUCCUCUUCUAGAUCAACAUCUGGGUCUCCCAAAAAGAACAAAAGAUCCUCAGCCUCCUCAAAAUCCCCCUCCAAAACCUCAUCCUGUAAGGCCUCUGCUUCUGCUUCUUCACCAUCCAUGUCCUCAGAUUCUGCAGCCCUGAAUACUAGGACCCACUCGGCCUCCUCUGCACACAAAAAGGAAAAGAUGACAACGGCUGCAAGCAUUGGAGCUCAUCCGGUGAAUGCAAAAGCAGAGAGUGUGGUGGCAAAGUCCAACCACAAAGUGUCAGCAGAGAGCACUGCUGCAAAAACUGUUGAGUCAGAGGCAAAAACAGAUGCACCAUCAGAGAUGCAGGAGCAGAGGGUACAGUGGACAAACCAAGCACAGAAAGACUCAACCAGAGUGGAACUGAAUGAGGAAACUGUCCAAGAUUUGAGGGGAAGAAAGGUAGGAAACGAUGAGGAUGCUUUGAAAGAUGCAGAAAAAGAGGACGAUGAAGUUGACAGUUACCAAAUCCUUGAUUCACUUGAUGAACAAACAGAUGAACAGCUGGACAAUGAAGCCCAAGGUGGCCUCCAUGAAGGCCAGACUUUAAAUGAAGAAGCUUUUCAGAUUCUGGAUAGUGUCGAUGACGAAGGCAAAACAGAGGAGGGUGGUGAAAUGGAGAUGGAUGAGUCUUUUCAAGUGCUUGACAGCGUAACUGAAGACCACAGCACUGCAGAGCAAGAGGAAAGUUACUUUGUCAAAGAAUCGGAAGACAAACAGCUCCCUGAGAAGGAUUCGACUCCAGUAAAUGACAAAAGUACUAAUCAAGACGCAGUAGAUGGAGCCCAAAAGAUGAAUCCUGAUGAUGCAGAUACUAAAAAUGGAGAAGGAAGCACGAGAGAUGGAAGUAGGAGAAAUAGAAAACAAGACACACUCUCAGAAUCCAACAAAUCUACCAAAGAAGUGGAAAAUCCACAAAAAGAAGUCAUAAAAGAUACUGAAAUAGAACCUGUCAGUGACAUUACUGAACAAGAAACCUUUGAGAUUCUGGAUUCAAUAGAUGAUCAGACUGCAACCGUUUCUCAAGACACAGAAGUUAACCCAGUUACAAGAAGUAAAAGAUAUGGAAGCAGGAGAAAAAGGAAAGAGGAAGCACUUCCAGAGGAAUCUCACAAAAUGUCUAAAGAGGUGGAAAAUCCUGACGAAGAAGACAGCAAAGGUGCUUUUCAAGAGCUCCACAGUGAAUCUACAGAACAAGAAACCUUCAAGAUUCUGGAUUCAAUAGAGGAACAGACUGCACAACAAAAUGAUGUCCAAAAACCUGAAACCUGUAGUGACCAGAAAGAGCAUGUAAAGCCAACAGAGGGGGGGGAGAAAGAGGAUUACCAGGUGAUUGAUUCUGUGGAAGAUCAGCCGACUGUCAUAGAAACAAAAUUAGAGACAGAAAGGAAGGAAAAACAGAUGAAGACGACCCCUAGAAAAGAUGACAGAACAACGAGGAGGAGCGUCCCAUCCACCAGAGCAUUCCGGAGUGAAGAGACAGAGAAGUCAUCAGCAAAGAAACAUGAAAGGAUGGUGAAAAGACAUGAAACACCAGCAAAGAAGGAAACCAGCGCUGGGGUUUCAGGAAAAGAAGAAGAAAUAAAAGAGGUUACUGAAGAGAUGGAGUACAAGAUAGUAGAUUCUGUUGAAGAUGAACCAGCGCAGGACACCAUCACAGAACGAUCUGGAAGAAGACGAAGUACAAGAGGGAGGAAAGAGGAAAUCCCGGAAGCCUCUAAAAAAUCAGACAGGGAUGAGGAUACUUUUGAGAUUUUAGACUCAGUUGAAGACAAGACAGCAAGUGAUGAACCGAGUAUCACAACCAGGUCCGCCAGAGAAAAACGACCGAGAGCAGCAAAGAGAGACACGACGAGUGACAGAGCCAAAAUGUCUCAAAUGGAGGACAUGCCAACUAAAAGGAUGCGCACUCCGGCCAGAGAAUCACAGGAAAGGAAAAUGGAAAAAGCAUCAAAGACAGACGACAAAGACGGCACACCAACGGACAGUGACAAAGAGGUGACUGAGGAGGAGACGACCUAUCAGAUACUGGACUCUUUGGAAGACGAAGAGGUUGAGCGUGAUCCGCCAGUCAUUGAAGUAAAAGCAAAAAGAGGGCGGCCAAAGAAGCAGGUCAAAGCAACCAAGAAAGGCGGCAAAACUCAAAAGAGCAAACAGGUAGAAGAAGAGGCUGCAUAUCGGAUUUUGGAUUCUUUAGAGGAAGAGAAAGUUGACAGUAUGUCCUCAACAAACCAAACUGAACAGAAACAGAUCAAAACCCUUCCCAAUGAUGAAGACCAACUAGUUAAAUCCGUAACACCUGUAACGGGAUCACCUAAAAAAGAGGAGGAGGAGGAAGAAGAUCCUGUGUAUGAGAUAGUAGAUUCUUUGGAAGAUGAUCAAAGUCAGGAGGAGAUGGCAAUUUUAGAGGAAAAAACACACAACAAAGAUGAAAGCCCUUCAAAAGGUGAAGCUUUACCUGCUCAGGGAGACUUCCCAACAUGUAGCAGCACUGAGUCUGAAAUGGUAGACGUCCAAGAAAAGAGCCAAACAGUUGAUGUUUUAGAGGAGGUAAAGGAUGGAACUGGUGUUGGAGAAGAGUCUAAAACAAAGGAGAGCUCCCCCAAAAUAGACGAAGACAAAGAGGACACCCAGUCCCAGAGCGAUGUCCCAACACUUGAAUACAAGACGGAGCAAAAGAAAGACAACACAGCUGCACUGAGCACUCUGACGAGCACAGGUGAAGUGAGGGAGGAGCAGGAGGAGGGUGACCCUGACAACACGACCAAGGAGGAAGAGCUGAGGACAAGGCAGGUGACUGGAAAGGACAAACAUCUCAGCAGAGAGCCUGUAGACAGGAGGACGAAGGAGAGGGAGGACAGGAGGAGCAGGGAAAAGGAGGAGGAUACGAGCCGGAGCAGCGGAAGAGGAGCAACAAGGAGGACCAAGGAGCGAGGUAGAGACGAGGAGGAAAAGGUGAAGGUAGACGCCAAGGAACUGGUGACGGUGGAUGAGGUGGGAGCAGAUGAGGCUGGAGCCGAGGCAGAGCAGGAGGGUCAGGAGUGGGAGGGGGAGAUGCAGACUCUGGUCACUCUGGAUGAGAUAGUGGAGGAAGAGGAGGAGGAAGAGGAGGCGCAGGCAGAGCCCAGUGCACUGGAGACACACCUACCAACCCAGGACGAAGAAUCAACAGACUCUUUAAACCCAGAGACUUUGGUGACUUUAGAUGAAGCAGGUGAUGAUGAUGAGGAGGAGACGACGAAGGCUUCAGAGGAGCUGCAAGCAGAACAAUCCUCCACACGUGUCAAACACAAAUCUGAGGAAACAGAAGAGACUGUGAAUUUUGUGACAGUAGAUGAAGUGGGAGAGGGUGAAGAUGAGGAAAAGGAAGAAGCCACACCCAGGAGAAGAGGCCGAGGCAGGAAGAGGUCCAGACAGGCUCCUGUGAGAAAAUCCACCAGAGGGAAAAGAGUGUGUGUAAAAGAUGUGAAAGAAGAGGAGGAAAAGGGAGGAGCUGACACAGAAGCUCCGCCCCCAGGGUCAUCCGACCCACCCCUGUCAUCAGACAAAGUUGUGUCCACCUGGGUCCAGUCAGACGUCCUGAAGGCAGAUGCUGAAGAACGGAGCAGAGACGACGUCCAUGCAGACUCUGCUGGACAGGAACAGGAGGAGGUGCUGGACAGAGGAGUGGAGGAGGGGCCAGAGGAGGUGGAGACAUGGGGCGGGGCCCACAGGAAAGUGGACAGUAAAAGGAGGAGGGACCAGCUGGGGCCUGGACCUGGACCUGAAGUGAAGCGAUCCCGGUCUCAGUCUCCUUGUGUGUCCUCUGACUUCAAACUGCCUCCAUUCACACCCAACACCCCCCUGGGUGCAGAGUUCGUGGUUCCUAAAUCAGGCUUUUACUGUAACCUCUGCUGCCUUUUCUACCAGAGGGAGAGUACAGCCAAAGAGGAGCACUGUAGCAGCCACAGACACUACAGCAACCUACAGAAAUAUUACCAGAAACUUCAACAGAAACAAUUAGGAGGUUCAACAGGAACAGAAGGCGCCACUGUUUCUGACCUGGACUGAAUCAGACACAGACGGUGAAAGUAAAACAUGAGCUGCUGUUGGAUAAAGCAAAGGCAUCAGACCACGCCCUCCAGAACCUUCUGUUAUGGAAACCUUGGACAUAAAACAGACAUAAUGCAGCGUUUUCACAUGUUUCACUGGAUCCACUGCACAGGUGCCUUGUCCUGCUUUCAUUUGCACAGACUGUCUCUAAAAUGGAAAACACACAGGAGAAGCUGAGGCUGCGGUGGGAAACAGCUUCAACCAUGCAUACUUAUACUAUAGUAUUACACAUCUGCCUUUAGUACUGUCUGUUUAGGCAUAGUACUAAAGGCUCACACAAAUUAGUAUAAUCUAACAACAGCGUAUUAAAAUAAAAACACGUGAAUAAAGUUGUAAUAUUAUGAGAAUAAAGUCGUAGUUUUAAAGUAAACUCAUAAUUUAACAAAAAACAAUGUCGUACUUUUAUGAAAUUAAAGUCAUAAUAAUUUCAAAAUGAAUUUGCAAUAGUACGAUAAAAGUCAUAAUUUAGAAAUCGUAAGCCUUAAGUUCAGUCAUUUGCUCCAAAUCCAUUCAGUUCUUACAACGAAACAAACCCAAACGUGUGAACUGUCUUCGAAGUCCGUGGACUAAUGCUAAUGUGUUGAUGGUGAGCGGGGCUAAUAGGCUCAGUAUUUGGUGGGCGGGGCUAAUAGGCUCAGUAUUUGGUGGGCGGGGCUAAUAGGCUCAGUAUUUAGCCUUUGUGCGUAAACCC